AUGGGCUACAGUCUCGAGAAUGAUUUCAUCGUUUUGCGUGGAAACGAGCAUGAGGCUUCUGGCCAACUGUUGAAGGGCGUCUUAGUCUUGUGUCUAAGAGAACCCUUAAAGGUCGAAGAUGUUCACCUACGACUUAUGGGUAGCUGCCGAGUUGCGUGGGUUGACGGGAGGCAAACGCCGUCAGGUAUUCACAACCAGAAAGUCGACAGGACGAUCACCAUUCUGAGACAUACAUGGCCUCCUUUCGUGGGAGAAACGACGCAUCACAACACUUUAGCCCCGGGGAACUAUGAAUGGCCAUUCGAAUUGCUGUUGCCGGGAGAUACGGCUGAGAGUGUCGAGGGGCUUUACCAAACCGGUAUUACCUAUGUCUUGAAAGCAACCAUCUCGAGGGGGAAGUUAGCCAAGAAUGUUCAUUCUUACAAACGACUCCGGAUUAUUCGAACUUUGGAACCAGCAGCCCUCGAGUUUAACCACGCGAUGAGUGUAGAGAAUAUAUGGCCUAACAAGAUUGAGUACUCUGUGGUCGUUCCGCAGAAGGCUGUGGUAUUUGGUAGCAGCAUUCCCCUGGAGAUGCGAUUUACACCGCUGUUGAAAGGCUUGGAUAUGGGUGUUAUCACGGUUAAACUUAUUGAGGUCCAGGAGUUCAGUGUGUCGAGUUUUCCGAACCCAACGAAGUCGUAUAAGCACGACCGCGACGUUACCUCGUGGAAUUUCGAAGUCAACCGCGAAAAUAACUGGCAUGACAACAUCGAAGAGACUGGCCAGGAAGGAUGGGUAAUUUUGAAGGAAUUGCCACUGCCCAAGAGACUGAGCAAGUGCAUCCAGGACUGCUCGGUUCACGGUAUCAAGAUCAGGCAUAAACUCAAGCUCACCGUUGCGUUGAAAAAUCCCGACGGUCACAUUUCUGAGCUUCGCGCAUCAUUGCCAAUUACUAUUUUCAUUUCGCCCAAUAUGCCAUUAGACGAGGAAGGCAAUCUAGUCUCUCAGGCACCUGAGAACUCCGGCGAGGCAACUGCCGAGAGCGAAUCAUCAAGCAUGGCCCCUCCAGGCUAUGGGAUGCACGUCCUAGACCAGUUAUAUGAAGACAUGGAACCAAAUGGACUCAUGACUCCUGCGGUACAGAGCGGCAUGAACAGUCCAUUCUACGCACAGUCCCGGGCGGGCUCGACGGAAAACCUGGCGGCGAUGGCCCAUGCCAUAGCUGUUCCUCCCGCAGCUCUAUCUUCCAGGUUACAGAACGUAUCUCUUGACGAAUCUCGGAGGAACGAAUCCUACACUUCCGUGACAUCUGUAUCGGGCUCUACAACUCCAUUUCACCAUCCGCAGGAUGGCGAGCACACAGGAGAAUCUUCGCAAGCGCAUUCGACACAGUUGUCGCGGCAGACAAGCGAGGAGGAUCACCCACAUCAUGCAGGGGGUCAUCACACACCGCCGGAACACAAUGAAUUCUUGGACCUGGAGCAGCUAAGCAAAGUACCGAGUUAUACAACGGCCACUAGGGCACCGCUACCAAGGUCGAACAGUUAUACAGGUCCCGUAGCACUUCCGGAUUAUCAGACGGUCAUGAAUUCGAUGAGCUCGCCGAAUUCGCCUACCCGCAUCGUGCUAACGGACCCUCUCGCAACCAUCACAGAGGGCCCACACGCGGAGGGCUCCAGGACGCCCUCGGCCACCGGGUCGAGAAGCACGUCAACAAACCGGUCGUCCAAUCGGCAUUCGAUGGGAGGGUUUAAUUUCUUCCCCAGCCAUGCUGCAGUGAGUGGGACUGAUGGCGAGCGACGGCUACGACUCAUCCAAGGCAGGACUGGUUAGUUGCCACGACACCUUUGUGGAGGAUUGUGACUCUACUACUGUUACUUUGCCAUUUGGGAAUGCUCCCCAACCGAGGAUUUUGUACGGGUUACCAACGUGAUCGGAGUGAUUUAUUUUGUUGUAUAUUCAUUUCUUGGCUAGGCGUUUUAGUGGUUCAGGGGGCCAUUCACAUGUGCCAUGGUUCGUAAAGAGGGU